ACCGCGCCAGCUGAUUUAACUCGAUUUACCCCGAUGACAAAGUUUGGAUUUGCGCCUGGGCCUCACAGGGACCUGUUAUUUUGCUGCUAUAUUUAUGAAGCAUCCUUCUAGGAAAUUUAUUAUUGGAUUAUUGUAGCUAUUUUUCCAAAGCCUGUCUGCCAAUUGAAAUAGUUUCCACUGAGGAGAGGGGCAGAGAGGAGGAGUUGGGCCUGGAUUCUGUCACGGGACAAUUAUUUUCUACAUAAGGAAUUAGCUGCCAAGCAGAACAUAGAAAGUCGGUGUUCAUGCCGGAUUUCGAGCAUUUCAGAUUUUCCUACUCAAGCAUGAAUCCGGUUUUGGGGGAGAGUGGCUUCCUGGCCCAGCAGCAGCACCACAACCAAAUGACGGGCCAGACCGACUCCUCCAUACCGGACCCAGGCUACUUCCUGGGGGACCAUGCCGGGUUUGGCUCUGACGGGUCUCCCGGGUUUGACCUAGGCUCCCUGCCACCAUCGGGCCUCGCCUAUCUGCACCUGAACAGUCCCCUGCACCGUGCGCCGCCGGCGGCCACGGCGCUGCGCAACGACCUGGGCUCCAACAUCAGCGUCUUAAAGACCCUGAACUUGCGAUUCCGCUGCUUCUUAGCCAAAGUGCAUGAGCUGGAGCGCAGGAACAAGGCUCUGGAGAAGCAGCUCCAGCAGGCUUUGGAGGAUAACGAGGAGAACGGAGGGGAUGGACGACACCAGAAGCCGCUCACCAAAGACAUGGGUGUCCAGACUGGUUUUGUUGGGCCUAUCCCGGUCAGGCCGGGUCUCAUCCCACUCCAGAACGCAAAUAACACAGCUUACUUGUCAGGUGGCCUCCUGUCUCCCACCCUGAACUCUUCAUCUCUGUUUGACCCCAACAACCCUAAAUCCUUUCUGGGAAAUAAUCUCAACCCGAUUACACUCUCCACGGAUUCAAACUCCAACCUCACCAUGUCCGGCUUGUCCAUCAGCCCUGCACUCUCUCCCACAGACCCAUCCAAACCCAUCACUAAUAUCAAUGAGAAAUACUCCAACACUGGGAACACUGGGACGUCCACCAACUACCCCCCUCCUCCGCCCCGCUUCCUGCCCGGGACGAUCUGGUCCUACAACCACACCCGCCGCUUCGGCACCGGGAGGGAGUCGUGUGUCACCGGGCCCGGGGUCUCCUGGACACACCCGGAUGGUGUCGGGGUCCAAAUCGACACCAUCACCCCAGAGAUAAGGGCCCUGUACAACGUGCUGGCCAAGGUGAAGAGAGAGAGAGACGAGUACAAGAGAAGAUGGGAAGAGGAGUACACAGCCAGAAUGGACCUGCAGGAGAAAAUGGCUGAGCUGGAGGAGGACCUGCAGGAGAGCGAGGUGUGUCAGGACGAGCUGGCUCUCAGGGUCAAGCAGCUGAAGGCGGAGCUUGUUCUCUUCAAAGGCCUCAUGAGCAACAACCUGUCAGAGUUGGACAGUAAGAUCCAGGAAAAGGCGAUGAAGGUGGACAUGGAUAUCUGCCGUCGUAUCGACAUCACCGCCCGACUCUGCGACGUCGCCCAGCAGAGGAACUGUGAGGACAUGAUACACAUCUUCCAGCAGGUAGCCACGCCCCCUUCCACCCUGACACGCCGGCCCAGGAAGCAGAAUGCCCAACCAGGGAAGGGCGGGGACGCAGACGAGCCAAUCAGCAUGUCUGAGAGCGAGGGAGGCGGGGCUAAAGACGAGGAGUCCUGCAGCACGUCAGCCAAUCAGAUCAACGAGGAGAUGCAGAGGAUGCUGAACCAGCUGCGAGAGUGUGAGUUUGAGGAUGACUGCGACAGUUUGGCCUGGGAGGAGACAGAGGAAACACUUCUGCUCUGGGAGGAUUUUCCUGGAUACACACUGGGAGUGGAAACACAGGGAGAGCUGCAGCAGCAGGAAGAGUCCAUAGAGAAAGUGAUUAAAGACACAGAAUCUAUGUUCAAAUCCAGAGAGAAGGAAUACCAGGACACCAUCGACCAGAUAGAGCUGGAGCUCGCCACAGCGAAGAGCGACAUGAACCGUCACCUGCAUGAGUACAUGGAGAUGUGUUCGAUGAAGAGAGGCCUGGACGUCCAGAUGGAGACCUGCAGGAGGCUCAUCACACAGAGCGGAGACAGGAAGUCCUCGUCCCUCAUCACUCUAACGGUGGAGGACUCGGACAGCGAGGAGAAGGACAGGAAGAAGCCGGCUCUGCCCGCCGACUCGGACAGCGCCGAAUCUUACAGCGACACCAACAACACCGUCCCUCCUCUGACCUGGAGGAAACCCUAGCGCAGCGUAAAACCUCCGCUCUUCACUCCCGUACCGCUGUUUACAUUGUUGGAGCCUAAAAACGGUUUAAAAACAACAGAGUUUAGGCACAACUGAGUUUCUCUGGUCUGAGUUAGAAACCGACGUGAAAACAGCCGAUGUUAAAGUCCUUCACCACUGACCUCCACUUCCCUGUCCAUCUCAAAUCAGCCACAAAUUCACUGAGAAAAUGAGAUUCAGCGGAGAUUUCUCAUGUUUUCAUCAUUUAACAGGAAAUUUACUCGUAGCUUUCCCUGUAAACAUUUUACUUGCCUUCACUGCUUGUUUAGAAAAUGUUCAAAUUGUCGCUGAGGUCACUGGUGAGGUGUUUUAGCUGCAUUAAAGGACAACAGUGAUUCACUUGAUGUAUCACUGCUGCCCCCCUCUGGAUGGGAAGAGUUACUGCGCCUCAGUGAAGGUCACACAGUGCAACAAAAUGGCACUUUGAAGUAAGCAUUUAUUGUUUUUUUUGUUUGUUUUCUCUCUAUAUAACUAAGAUGGGAUUAGGGAAAAAAAAAAUCACACUUUUGCUGUUCAUUCAACCAUUUGCACAGUUUUGCCUUGCAACCACACGUUCAAUCCCGUGGACAGAAAGGUAAUAUGAUGCACAAAUGUUAGGAAAAAAAACUAGUUUGCACUUUAUGAAUUGCACAUCAUUGUGAUUAAGAUAGUAAUCACAGGAACAGUUUGAAAAGUUGCCAUUUUUAUUAUUAUUAUAAUUUAUUGUUUGUUGUGUUUAUUCUGCUGCUUACAGUCAUGCCAUAUGUAAUAUAGCUGGAAAACUGCUGCAAGCAAGAAACAAAUUACUUUGUUUAUUUAAUCAUAAUUGCCCCCAACUACACUAACCAUAAUGUGAAAUUUAGUAAAGCAAGGUGCACUUUUGGAACAGAUGUCUAACCAUUCAAAGCCCGAGGUUUAUUUUUGUUAUAUUUUUUUAGAUAAAGGGAGAUAUUUAGCUAAAGAGUAUAAUUUCAAAAUGAGAUAUGCACUGUUUGAAAAACGUGGCACCUCCAAUGACAAAAUGAUGCUUGCAUGAAAGGUAUACUCACUUAUUAUGACUAUUACUGAAGCUCUGGAGCCUUUUAUUUACAAACAGUAGCAUUUUAGAGAAUGUAAUCUUUAUUUUUAUUACAUAUAUAUCUCGCAAUGGAUGACAGGUGCCCUUUUUUCCAAAAUAGAUGUAUAACGUUUUGAAAUUAAAAUUUAAAGAAUAACUGAAGUGAUAUCAGGGGCACAAAUGGGUGGCUAAGCAUGGUGGGAGUUUAUCUCGUGGACACUGUGGCUUGGUCUACACCAGCAGUCCAAGAGACCAAAUACAAAUAUCUCAUUACACAUUAGCACACAUGAACGCCACAUGACAGUGAACACAGGCUGGAUUUACAGGAUCUGACACUGAGGCCGGUCACAUUCAGUUUUAUAUACGUGGAUUUGAGAUGUAGGAGAAAAACAUGUUCAAACAGCAACACACACACACACACACACACACUCAUGUCAGCUGUAGGCCUGCCCAAUAAGAAUAUCAGUGGCACAAACGUGGCAGACACACACACACACACACACAAGCUGUUUUAACUCAUUUCAUUACCUUUUUGGAAGCUGUUGCUUUUUCGCCCUGAUUCUCUGAAAAGCUGUUGCUGUUUGUUGUCGUUACCUCUGGCGAUGUCGCGUUUGGUCGUGAGUAUCUGUCUGCAGAUAACCUCGUGUUCUCCUGGGCUCAGCAGCCUAAUAUGUUUUGAGCUCAGUUAUGACUGCAUGAUCCAGGACGUCUCGUGGUUGCGGUGAUUCAGAACCUUUGAAAAAGAAGCACCGGAGAAGGGGAGAUACUCAGGCAGUGCCUCUGUGUUUUCCCUUCUCCCAGUAGGGGGGGAAAGGGGUGCACUCUUCUAGUUGCUGGUGUGUUCGCUUGGCUUUUGAAAAAGUGGGACAGCUGUCUUUAAUAUUUACCUAACGUUAAGACGUCACGUCCUAUUUUGUAUUAUCUUUAGAAUUUUUUACUAUGAAAUAUCUGCAUAAUACAUUUAUUUGACAGUGUAAAUAACGUAUGUAAGCAUUCAGUGAUGAGGCAUGUGUCGUUUGUUUAUGUUGUAAAGUGUUUGAGUCACAGGUUGGACAACAUUAGCUGCUAUAGCUCGUAGUGUAGGACCUGAUAGUGUAGUCUGUUAUGGUAUAUUGUAUUUUUGCAUGUCACAGUACAGGUUAGCAUGUUGCAUUAAAAUGUGACUGUGCAGGAUGUCUGCCUCUCAGAGCUUUACUUUACACUGAUGGUGCAGUCACUAGAUCAGACUGGCUGGAAGUUAAGACAGGGAAGCUGUAGUUGUUUUGGGUCCUUGAUACUUUCUUAAUUGAAAUAAUCGGCAGAACACAGGAGAAGAAGAAGUCAUUUGUUAAUUGCAGUGAGCACCUACACAAACUUGUUGAGUUUGUGACUUUGAUACAAGAUACCAAGAGAAGAUACCAGUGUUUUUUCAAAGUCGGUGCUCAGAGGAAAAAUGCAAACAGGAGCUUUAAUGCACUCCUUGAUGCUGAAGGUUAAUGUCUGGUUUUAUUUUAAGAGAACGAAUAGAAAAGAAAUCUCCCAGAGAAUGUGCCGUCUGCAGGUUCAAGUCCCAUUUCUGAUCUUGAUUUAGAUUGUUUGUUUCAUCUCGUGGAAACAGGAAAUCUCGGGGAGAACAAAGCUCUGCAGCUGUGGAAGCUGCCGCUCACCGCAGGAAGAGGCUGCACAGAUACGGAGAGUUUUUGGUCAGAACUCGGCUCUUUGCUUUUGACAUGUCGGAGUCAGUUUCUAAAGGAAAGCUCAGAGAUACUGAAGGAGGAGAGUCUGAGGUUCACUCGGUUCAGCAGCUGCAGGCAGGAGUUAAGGUUGCAGGUUCGAGCUGCAUCUCUGCUUGUGCGUUGAGAGGAUAUUUCCAUAGACGUCUGAGAAGUCAGCAGAGAGGAAAGUGCAGAGGCAUGGAGGUUGUGGGUUCAAGUCCUGGUUGUACUCUGAGGUUGUCUGAGGAAAGACAGACCAGAAGCAUGAAGACUCAGUGUCUCGGCGUGUUGAGUGUUUGCGUGAGAGUAUGGAGGUGAUGCGUUCAAGGCCAACCCUGUUCAGACUGUUAAGGUCUAAGGGCAUUUUGAAACCUCUGCACUCAGAGAGAUUUAAAAAUGUUGAAAGUGUUUUUAUAUUUUGUAUUUUAUAGGUUUUAUAUGGAAAUAUGUACACCUUUAGAGCCAAAUUUCUCCUGAGCUGCAUCUGUUUUCUCUUUUCGUCUGCAUACACAGCGUCUGUGUGGCAGCCAAUAAAACCUAAUAGAUAUUUACUAGGCUGCCUGUAGCCAUGCAUGUCUGAGCAGCUGCCUGCAGGGGGCGGUAGUGCUUUUUCUGAAAAAUACUCACGCUAAAUAGGAGACAAUUUUAACAGUAACAUAAGUCAAAGUUUGUGCUGCUGAUGCUGAAAAAUAUCCCGCUAUCUGGCAAGACAUGCAGUAGGCCUACUUUUUGGUUUCUCAAGAGUUUAAUUGUAUUUUUGAGUUUAUUUAUGUGCUGAAGUGGAAACAAAGGAGAUAGAACAGGUAGAUUAGUUGGAUCGUGUGCCUAAAACAUCAUUAAAUUUUGCUGCUUACAAAGACAGGCGGGCAGACUGUCUUCACUUAUUCUUCUUCUCUGAGAAGACUCUAACUAGAAAUACAAGUAAUGAUGUGAACAUGAAGUAAGGGCUCAGUCAGCCAUGUGUCAGCUCUGUGAUCUGAGCCUCUUCUGAUCCCCAAAACACUGAAACCAGAUCCGUGCCACAGAUUGUCCAGCUGAAAUGUCAAAGUUAUUGUGGUGUGUGUAAAUCCAGCCUGUAAAAACUGGCCCCCAUGUGACGGACCAGUCAACCAAAAAUCUAUUUAUCACUCAUAAUUCUGGUCACAUUUAUCUGUCAAAGUGAGUUUUUAUUUUUUUUUAUUUUUUUAAUUAAUUUAAAUUUUGACUUGAAACAUAUGAAGCCAACUCACAUUUUGUCUGGAUUUUUGUUCCGAGCCUUUGCCACUGAUCAUUAGUCAGGCACCCCGUUAGCAUCCGUUAGCCAUGCUAGUUCAAAUGCAUGACUUACAAACUCAUUUCCCUUGAAAUCACGUGACCCAUUUCACACACUUCUACCACUGUGAUGCAGACAGUAAAGAUGAGAAGUGACAGAACUGUCUGAAAGGACUCGAUUUUGAGACGGAACAGGAUAAAUAGUGUUCAAUUUUUUUUUCUUUUACUAAAAAAAAAACCCAAAACACUAUUUUACGAAACCUUUGAAAAAAAUGUACAGUUUGUAAAUGUCAAUAUAUUAUCUUAUGUACAUAAUGAUGAGGCUGUAUCCAAUGCUGUGCUAACUAAUGCUGUUAGUCUCCUGUUGAUGAAUGCUCUUUACUUGUAAUUAACCUGAUUCAUUCAGUGUGGAAGUCGUCGUAUGAUUAGUUUGAUCAUUUCAGCAUUGUAAGGUGUCGUAGCAGCACAACUAGCAGUAGCAGCACUGACGAAAAAUGGUUUCAGUUUCACGGAUUCCAGCGGAAAUCCCGCUUCCAGAACUCUUUAAUUUGAAGUGGAACUGACUUGUGGAUCAUCUGAAAAGCUUUCGAUAUUAGUUUCUUGUUAAUUAGUUUUCUCGUUAGAGGAAAUGUACAGCACAUCUUAACAGGGAGUGGACCUGAGAAAGGAAACUCAUUUAAUUUUGAGUUUGUUUGCAGGUGUGCAUGUACAUGUGCUGCCGCUUGUGUGUGUGUGUGCGUGUGUGUGUGUGUGUGUGUGCGUGUUGACGGAUUGCGAUGAAUCAUCAGUUUACCACGUCACCUCUCAGAGUAUUGAAACCCACACAUCUUUUACUAAAAUGAAUGUCUGCUUAAUGAAUAGCCGGUCAACUAAAGGAACAUUUUCAGUUGUAGCCGCUCGUUUCUCUUCAUCGGACGCUCGUUGAGCAGCACCAGAUAAUUUCAACAUCCAUGAAAACAAGAGGCACGUUCAGCCUCAGAGUGCAGCCCAAGCUCCCGGUGAAGAGACGCACUAAAACUGUUGAGCUGUUCCUUUAAUGUGAAAGAGAAACAAAGCAAAGCAACUGCAAAAAUGUACAAUAUACUGUAAGUAAAUCACUCACCACAUCAUCCUCACGUUACUGUGUACAAAAGCUGCUUGAAGUAAACUCUUGAGAGCAAUAGAAAAAAAAAUGUAAAAUCGCAUCUGCAGAGAGAAUGGCACAGACAAAUAUGGGGGGGGAAGGGAUCGAAACAUAACAUGAACUGUGAAAAGGAAAAAAUGAGUUUAAGACCUCAUGAAAAAGAAGUUGGAUUCUCUGUCUCUGUUUUUAAAAAAAUGAAAUAUGGUUAAAGGAGAUGUGCAGCCUGGAUAAAUACAACAAUUCACAACUGCCGCACUUUCCAUCCGCAGCAAAAUGUCCCGUGAAUUUGUACAAAAAUGCAACAGUGAAUGCUUUAGGUGUGUGUUUGGUCACCGCUGCUUUUCAUGAGGUCUUACUGUGUUUUCCGGUGGCAGCGUGCAGAGCUGUAUAUCUGAAUUUACUGAAGCAAAGUGAAAAGAUGCACAGAAUAAACGAUGCUGAAAGAG